AUGAUGACUUCCAACCCCAGCAUCAACCUCAGGACACUUUCAGACCACAGUUCCUCCCCGGCACUCAGCCUCAGCUCACCUUUGUGCCUGAUUUUACUACUCAGCACCAGUCAGAGUCAGACCCACAACCACAGCCCACCUUCAAACCCAGAUUCCCCUCCCGGCCAGCAUUCAGACCCCAGACUCCUGCGGCAAGACCCUCUGCCUUCCCUCCGCCGGUCGAGGAGCCCCAGCAGUUCCUCAGGAGAAAGGCAGAACAAGAUCAGGAUCAAGAUGGAGAGCCACAACACAUAUUUCCGAGCCCUCAGUUCGCCACCAAUCCGUUCCCCGCAGUUUGGUUCUCGAUUCCCACAAGCGGAUCAAGGUAGCCAGCAGUUCCCAUCCCAGCCCAUCCUCCCCAAAACCCCACAGUUUCCCAGGAGGCUUCCAGGAGGCUCUGGUUUCGCUGGUACUAGUAGAUUUCCACUCCAUAAGAAUGAAGGAGCCUCGGCAGAGAAGAACACACCGCCUUCAUUCCCAGCCUCCCCCUCCCAGCCAUCUGGCGUCUUACCCGCUGGGACCUUCUCUAUCCCCAGACCUGGGCGUCCUCUGAGACCCACUCCAGAUCCGUCUCAGUUUGGACAGGACCCAGCCCAGUUUGGUCCACCGGCACCUACAUUCACACGUAAGCCACAGUUCGAGAGGGAUCCGUCACCUUUCGGCCAAGGGGCACCACACUUCGGUGGUCAAGGGAUUUCAUCCUUCGGUCAAGGAGUGUCCCAGCCUAGCCAGGGAGCGUCAGUGUUUGUGCAACAGUCACCACAGUUUGGCCAGGGACAGGGGAAGCCACAGUUUGGCGUAGGGCAAGGACAAGGAACACCACAGAUUAGUCCAGCAGCACCGCACUUUGGCCAGGGACAAGGAGCACCACAAUUUGGCCAAGGACAAGGAGCACCACAGUUUGGCCUAGGACAAGCUAAGCCACAGUUCGGCCAAGGCCAAGGAACACCACAGUUCAGUCCUGUAGCACCACACUUUGGGCAAGGACAAGGAACACAGUUUGGCCAAGGACAAGCACAAGGAGCACCACGACCAACCCCAGUACCAUCACACCCUGACCAAGUAGCACCGCAGUUUGGUCAAGGAACAGCACUGUUUGGUCAAGGUGCACACUUCGACUUCGGCCAAAACGUGUCACCAUUUGGCCAGGGAGCAUCACACUUUGGUCAGGGUUUGUCACAGCCCGACCAAGGUCCCCAUAAUUUUGAUGAAGCUGCACCACAACCAGCCCAACCCAAGCCGCAGCCUGGUCGAGGAACGUCAAGGUUUGGUCAGGGGAGGCCAACAUCUAGUCGUGGAAGGCCGCAAGCGGGCAGAGGCACGUCGCCAUUUGAUCAGGAGCUUGACAAAUCCGGCCAGGAUGCCUCCAGUGCCAACCGAGGCACGUCACGGUUCGGCCAGAGCAGACCUAGGGUAGGCCAGAGGCAGUUUGGUCGCAGGCCACAAACUUCCCAGAAAACGCCCCAGUUCGGCGAAACAGCGCCCCCGUCCACACACAAGAAGCCUGAGUUUGACAAGAAGCUUGAAGAGGAGGAAAAGCCUGUGUUUGGACAGCAGCCUGCCUUCCCUCAACAGCCUGCCUUUGGACAACAGCCUGCAUUCCUGGGACAGCCACAGUUCCUACCACAGCCUUUCGCUGGUCAGGGCUUCGGUCUCGUCAGUCCAGAACAGAUCAAGCAGAUUCAGCAGCAGGGGGGACGCUUCAGGCCCCAACUAGUAGUUCCUCAGCAGGGCUUCCCAGCGCAGGGCUUCCAAGGGUUCCCAGUCCACCCCCAGCAGAGAUUUGGCGUUCCCCUGACCGCAGGGCAGUCCUUCCUCGGAACUCAGCCUUUUUUCAACCCAUCCCAGCAAUCAAGCUUCGCUGACGACGCAAAGGAGAGUGACGACACGCACGACAAGGAGUCCUAA